UGCGUUGCGAGUCCAAGUGGCUGCUGACGGCCUCGACGGGAGACCAGAAUAGCAUCUGGCCAAUGGAAGAUGCUGCUGGUUACAAGAGGCGCAGGUGUGCAUAUAUGAGGACACACGAUUAUGAAUAUGCCAUUCAUGAUCCAUACCUGUAGUGAUAUCGCAUGACUAGGGCUGGCCGGACGUGGCAGUUGUCGUAUCGACUGCGAAGCGAAGUCGAGGUCGCGGAAGGGCUGCGAGCUGUAUGGACGUGAUGUGCAACCAUCUUUAUACUACUAAUUGGAUGCGCUGUACGCCCGCAGCACGAGUACAGCUUCUGUAGUUGCACCUCAACCGCAUGAUAUGCCAGACUGAAGUGCAUGUCUGUGCUCAUGGAUGUGCUCAUGGAUGUGCCGUCUAACCUCGAAACGCAGCGGGAACCAUCAGUGACUGACACCGAUCAUCUUGAUGUGCCCGAAAGUCCCCGGACCAGCAGAAGACGAGAGACGAGCGCAGAGCGGCGCACCAGAUUUUACGACAAUCUCCGUGUGACCUUCGAGAAGACCAUCUCUGGCCACUAUCGUACAGGGCGGACUUACGAUACGGUGGGCGUAUUGCUCCUCUCGUGGCAGGAUGACGAUCUGGACGUCUGGACUCACGAGAUCGAAGAGCUUCGUGACAUCUUCAAGCAUCAAUUCCACUUUGAAGUGAACCAUUACCACAUACCCACCACGACUGCGUCGACGGGACUCAACUAUAAAAUUGCAGAAAUUGCCCAUCGUUACGACACGGCGCACAAGCUUCUGAUCGUCUAUUAUGGAGGCCAUGGAGGGGGCGAUGACAAGCAACGUCUCAAACUCUUUGCCCGGAGUAGACCCAAUGAUGAUGGGCACGUCUUUGUGCCUUUCGACGACAUCGUGCUGAAUCUUCAGCGCUGCCAUGCGGACAUUCUCGUCAUCGUCGACUGUUGCAGAGCCGCCCUUGCAUUUGGACACGCCGAAGUGGGCAACCAUAAAUUUGAGAUCCUCGCCGCCACAGGGCCGGAUCAAGACACGGAUGCGCCGCAAGGCACCAACUCGUUCACGAAGAUCCUGUGCUCGACUCUCAAAGAGCUUGCCCGGGAGCCAAAAAGUUUCACUACAUCAAAGCUCUACCGAUCCCUCUACUUCCAAGCAGACCCCAGCAACAAACCAUUUCUUUUUGAUAUGAGCAUUCACGAUUGGGGGCGCAUCUCUCUGCAGCCACUGAAGGAUUCCGUCCAAGGUGCAAAUGGUGAAGGUGGUCAAUUGCCACAUCAUCUUGAGUCUGCCUCGGGAGAUGCUGCUCUUUACCUCGAGUUGCGCAUGCGAGCAAAACCAAAAGUCACCACCAUGAACGAACUCGCUCGAGCCAUGCAAUAUCUGCCUCACGUCAAGGAGAUCAGGUUCCUCAGUAUGCAUGCUCGACGGUUGGAGCUGGAAGACUUCAUGCGAGGUGUACACCAGGCAUCGAAAUUGCGUUCCCUGGUAACAAAUAUUCGCCAGAAGAUGGAGACCAAAAAGACGGCAGAGCAUGAGGAUCGGCCAGGACAUGAUAUAGACGAUCGAACAUUGAUAUUCAACUGGGACAACUCGAAGCUGGAACAGGGUCAUCAAGAAGCCGAUGCUGGGACCCAAGUGGAAGCUGGACACGGCUCCUCGGUCGUUGCCGAUACAGAUUCUUUGGAGAAUGCACAUGCAUGCCGCUGAGUCAGUCGAAACACGGCGUCAGGACAUGCAGCCUGAGGAACGCACCGGGUCCCCAGAGAAGAGGGUCGAUCUUGGUGGAAAGGUUUCACGUGGAAUGUGUCAGCUGCCUGCAGCUGACUGCUGAUGAAGAUACCACGCACACCUUCGGAAGCAGGAAUGGACCAUACUACAAGCGAGUUUGCAUCGCCCGUCAGCUCGCUUGGACAACACGGCUGACGGGCGUUGUCACGGGCCAUGUUGCUGUGUGGCCUGCACACUGUUUGCGACGCCGCCCAAUCGUCAAAUGUCAGCAAUGCGACUGAGCAUAAGUAGAGCUGCAAACGCAUGCAACGAAAACGCAUCGCACUACAUCACACAGACAUUCGGCUUUUUUGGGUCGGGAACAUGCCUGAAGAAAUGAAUAAUCACCUCUCGCCAACGAUGAUGGACGUCAAGGAUGACAGCUCCGACUGGCAGACUUCAGACGAGGAUCGACGUGGCAAGCCAAAGACUCGCUCCCAAGAACCGCCAGGUCCGGCGUGGCCAAUGGUCGGCAUUAUGGUCAUUUAGCUUCAAUUUGUGCUAGCUGACAUGGCUCUAGCCCCCAGUGCAAGAUUGGGCCAACGUGAACAAACAGGUGUGGAUCAUAAUAGAAGGAUCCCUCACACGUGAAGGACCCUUCACAGUUAAAGGAAGGCGUGCAGACAAUAACACCAAGAAAUGGAAAUACGAUUUGGUUGAUGCACAAGGCAAUAAACGCAUGGGAGUUCUCGAGAGCCAACUCAAGCGGUCGGGCACAGAUGAAGAAUCCGAUAAUGGUGGAGUUGGAUCUUCGGCUCCUACACUUUCUGGGGCAUGACCUCUCUCUGUCUC